AUGCGGGAAGUAGGUAAAUUUGAAAACGGAAUGUCAAUAGCCGGCGGCCGGCCGAACCUGCCCCACGCGCCCUUGACUUGCGGAGAUAAAAAAGGGGAGAUGACCGCCACUUGGGGGAGGGGCUGCCCUCUGCCCGCUACGGACUUUAUUGCUACUUCUCGCGCCAAACAGUGCACUUUGAUUCCCCAAAUGAUGCCU